UGACCUCGCCUUUCCUCGCUCUUCCCGUGAUCGACAUGUCGAACACGAUGGAGGACUCCGGCGCCAUUCUUCGCGAGAUAUCCUCUUUUAAGGACAUGCUCGACCAGGUCAAUGAAGAGAUUGAGAAGAAUAUUCAGAGGACAAGAGAAAUUGAGUCAGAAAUUUUAAAGCUUUCUGAAAUUGAAGAUGGUCAUAUCAUGAGGGAAUGUGAGUUGUCAAAGAUCAUAACAAUUAGGGGUUUUGAGCUUGAAGCUUCAAUCCAAGUAGCUGCCAUUUCAAGGGCCUCUGCAGAAUCAAUGGAAAGGGAAUCAGGAUCUCUAAAGAUUAACCGUGAUAUCAUUGAGAAAAGAAUUUAUGAUAAAAGAAAAUCGUUAUCAAGACUGUCGCUAAUCAAACUAAGACUCAAAUACAUAUUGGUUAAAGCUAAAGACGGUUCACGUUGCACGAGCCACAAGAUGAGAGUACUGGAUCCUUAUUCUGGUUCAUUCGCAAGCUUACAGCUUAUUUGGACUGUGAGUCAUAUGAUGGGUGAUGGUUUUUGCCCACCAGAGAGAUAGGAUUGUUCUCUUCGUUGGUCCACAACUUGAAAACACAACAUUACAUGACCAUUGGAUGCUGAGAUACAUAAUCAAAGAUCAGAAUACAUGGGAGUGAUCGAUGACAUCAAUGAUUUGAGGAUUCUGUUAGGAUCCAUCAGUUCGUUUGAAGAUUCUUAAAUUUCAGCAACCAUGUUUCCCCUCAAGUCACAUGCUUUGAGCAAAAUUUAAUGCACAAGGAAGGCUGCAAGUUUCUUUUUGUUCUUCAAAGAAUUGGUUCAGUUUGAAGAUUUUUUUCUUCCAGUGCUUCUUUCUUCUACAAGCUAGUUUUUUCUUCAGUGGCAUUGUAUCGACGGGCAGCCAUGGUCCAUUAUAUUUUUCAGAAGAUGGUACUCUUUGCUUACAGAAAACAAUUGAUCUACAGAUAUUGUCACUAAACCAAUAACAUGCUCUAUGAAGGAUAAAUGCAUCUCUGUAUGUGGUUCCUAUUCUAAAAAUUGAACAAUUAGCACCGAUCAAGUAUUUUUGUGCCGCCAUGAGUUUGCUAUGAUUUAAAGAUGUCAUUGGCUUUUCUUCCAAUUAUCUCAUAUUUUCAUGGACCAGCCAUUGCUUCAUGAUGAACAAAAUAUCCCGUGGCUUUCAGCAUAAUAAAUAGAUUUUUCAUAAUUUUCUUCUCUUCUUUUACGUCGGAUGUCUGCAACUUAUCAGGCUAUUCAUUCUUGUUCAUGACAACUUUUUGCGAAGAUUCAUUUAUACUCUGUUAGAAUGUUUCAAGUUGAACUGUAUUUUUUUUGUUUUCAGAAUUUGAAAGCGGAAACUGAAGGGCAAUGAACUGUAGGAAGAACUUGGAUAUUGUAUAUUGAGAUUUAGACAUAUUGUUGUAUUACAUUUAU